CACAAAUACCCUCCGCCUGGUCGUUCAUUAGGGAUUCAACGACUCCAACAAAAAAAAAAAAAAAAAGUUGACAGCAUCUGUAAACAUGCAGGCUGAAUCGGGAAUAGUUCCCGACUUCGAUGUCGGAGAGGAGUUUCAAGAGGAACCCAAAACGUAUUACGAAUUGAAGAGUCAACCCUUGCAAAACAGCGGCCCGUCGGACCAGCACGGCUCCUCCAAGCCCCCGCUGAGCUCCUCGGCCAUGACAUCACGCAUCCUGUUGCGGCAGCAGCUUAUGCGGGAGCAGCUUCAGGAGCAGGAGCGCCGGGAGCAGCAGAGACAACAAGCCUCCCUGUACCCACAAACCACGGCGGCCCAGACCCCGGCCAUCAAUGUCAGUGUCCCAGUCGGUCUACCACCUGCUUCCCAGGUGCCAAUGGAGGUGCUCAAGGUCCAGACUCACCUGGAGAACCCGACCAAGUACCACAUCCAGCACUCCCAGCAGCAGCAGGUGAAGCGAUACCUGGGAAAGCUCGGCUCUCAGGUGUUGAGCUUGCCCUGCCACAACCAGUCCUCUGAUCACGGGGGCAUGCCGCCAGGGCCGGGCAACAGCGCCCCCAACAGCCCUAUGGCCUUACUGACCCUGAACUCGAACUGCGAGAAAGAGGUGACUGCUUGUGACUUGUGGUGUUUUUCCUCACAAAUGCAUACUGAAUAAAUGCCUUUUUUGUGACCUUUCGCUCAUUUAAUCAUCCUUUUCUCUAUGUCGUCUUGUUUUUUAAUGGAUGAUGUCAUUGAUGACAUUAUUAGUCUGGAGUCCAGUUACAGUGAUGAUAUCCUGGGCCUGAUGGACCCAGGACUUCAGAUGGCUAACACGAUCCCCGUGAAUGCUAACCUCAUGGACAUGUAUGGUAACCAGGGUAUGUCCCAGCAAGGUCUGCCCAUCAGCAACUCCUGCCCUGCCAACCUGCCCAACGUCAAAAGGGAAUACUCUGAAGUAAGAGCAAUGGCAAAGGAAAGGCAGAAGAAGGAUAACCAUAAUUUGAUUGAGAGAAGACGACGGUUUAACAUCAAUGAUCGAAUCAAGGAAUUGGGAACUUUAAUUCCCAAAUCGAAUGACCCGGACAUGCGUUGGAACAAAGGCACAAUCCUGAAGGCAUCGGUGGACUACAUCAGGAAACUACAGCGGGAGCAGCUGAGGGCCAAGGAGCUGGAGAGCCGCCAGAAGAAGCUUGAGCAUGCCAAUCGCCAUCUAAUGUUGAGGAUACAGGAGUUAGAGAUGCAGGCUCGGGCUCACGGCCUGGUCAUCACGUCUUCAGCUCUCUGCUCUUCUGAACUUGCGGCACGGUCCAUAAAGCAGGAGCACUCUCUAGAGGACUGUCGCCAGGACAUGUACACGCUCCUCCCCCAUCACCAACACCAACACCCGGCCUGCACUCCUGAACAGCCCGGCGCCCUGGAGCUAAACGAAGGCCACUCCAACUACCCAGAGGGUCACUACAACGUUCACGCCAAGCCGGGCUCCAAACUCAACGACAUCCUCAUGGAAGACAACCUAUCACCGGUGAGAGGGGGGGACCCGUUGCUCUCGUCCGUCUCCCCAGACACCUCAAAGGACAGCAGUCGCAAGAGCAGUGUAAGCAUGGAUGAGAAUGAUCAGGUCUGUUAGCACCCCCUACUGCAAGACACCCUGCCUGCAUCUCCAAUCGUCUCCACCCUGCUGCAAGUGUCCCUGUCAGCAGCUAACACACUCCUAGCUGCUGGAGAGGCUUUCUCAUUUGUUUUGUUGUGUUUUUUUUUUUUU